AUGCCACGAGAGAUGACGGGAUUCUGUCCACGCGACCAGCAGAUGUCACAUCAUCAGUCCCGCACGGCGGACCAAGGCGAUGACGGGGUGAAUGGAGGCAUGCUGGUCGCUUCCAGACAAGUCGAGAACUCAGUCCAGAUGCAACGUACCUCUUCUUCCUUCGUAGUAGCGACGCGUUUGGGCAGGCGACUGCGGACGGGAAGAUCGUCAGGUGGAUGGCGGCGGCCAAUGGCAUGCGACGACCGAUGUUGGAAGGGCAAGCACACCGAGCAGCCGCAGCACCAACGACGUUCGAGAAGAGUGGCCAGGGUGGGAGUAAAAACGACACAACGUGCGAGUUAG